GCAGAGAGGGGUGGAGGACACUGAAUGGGGGCCAGUGGAGGGAUUGGCAGAGAGGGGUGGAGGACACUGAAUGGGGGCCAGUGGAGGGAUUGGCAGAGAGAGGUGGAGGACACUGAAUGAGAAGCCAGUGCAGGGAUUGGCAGAGAGGGAUGGAGGACACUGAAUGGGGGCCAGUGGAGGGAUUGGCAGAGAGGGAUGGAGGACACUGAAUGGGUACCAGUGGAGGGAUUGGCAGAGAGGGAUGGAGGACACUGAAUGGGAAGCCAGUGGAGGGAUUGGCAGAGAGGGGUGGAGGACACUGAAUGGGGGCCAGUGGAGGGAUUGGCAGAGAGGGAUGGAGGACACUGAAUGGGGGCCAGUGGAGGGAUUGGCAGAGAGGGAUGUAGGACACUGAAUGGG